AUGUUGCAUGAGAGACCAGUUCUCAAAAAUUCACUUCCUCCUCACCUUCCUCCUCACAAAGAAGAGGAGUCGAAGCAGAAGGAGUCAAAAAUAAUGGCUGGAUUUUGGACGACUUUCUUGCAACGAGAACCGAUCGUGGUGUGGUCGUGCGCUUUGGGCGCGAUUGGAGCGGCGUUACCGGUGUGCGUCCCACCGAUUAGGAAUAUGCUCAGAGCGGAUCAGGAACCGACGAGGCCACCGUCCGCGCAGAGCGUCGUGGAAGCGUUGAGAGGUGGGAAAUCUUAA